AUGGUGCGUUUUCUGUUCUGGUUCCUGCCGCUUUUGCACAGACUGUGUCCCGCACACGCUUGGGUGGCAAGUAACUUUUUGAUGACGGGACCAAAGGCUUUUCUGACAUACGCCAUGAGUGUGCAGGUGGGCACACAGAAUGGCAUCAAUGAGUGCAAGCAUCAGUUCGUGUUAGACAGGUGGAACUGCCCUGAUAGCGCGACUCAGCUGAGGGGAUUGAGACGAGCCACAAAAGAAACGUCUUUCGUCCAUGCUAUCAGCGCCGCUGGGGUCAUGUACACUUUGACCAGGAACUGCAGUCUGGGGGACCUCGACAACUGCGGCUGUGACGUCUCCAAAAACGGAAAAAUUGGUGGUCGUGGUUGGUUAUGGGGAGGUUGCAGUGACAACGUAGAUUUUGGUGAAACAAUUUCCAAACAGUACGUGGACGCGCAAGAGACAGGCCAAGACUCCAGGGCCGCUGUGAACCUUCACAACAACGAAGCUGGUCGUCUGGCUGUAAAGGCAACGAUGAAGCGCGUUUGCAGAUGUCACGGGAUGUCUGAGAGCUGCAGCGUCAAAACCUGUUGGAUGCAGCUGUCAGACUUCAGAGACAUAGGAAAUUAUUUGAAAAACAAGCACAACCAGGCGCAAAAGUUGGAUAUUGAUAAAAAGCGCGUGAGGGCGGGUAACAGUGCAGACAACCGCGGUGCCAUCCUGGACGCGUUACGCAGCAUCGCACCAACAGAGCUCAUCUAUCUGGAGGACUCCCCGGACUACUGUCGGAGGAACAGCAGCAUGGGGCUAUAUGGUACGGAGGGCCGCGAGUGUCUGACGCAGGGCGAUGGUCUCUCCCAGUGGGAGACGAAGAGCUGUCGUAGGCUGUGCCAUGAGUGCGGCUUGGGGGUGGAGGAGAGGCGCGUGGAGGUGGUCAGCAGCUGCAACUGCAAGUUCCACUGGUGCUGCCAGGUAAACUGUGACAGGUGCGAACACGUUGUGGUCAAACACGUGUGCGCCAGGAGGGACGGUCACGAUAGCAACGGCUUCAGGAGAAGACAGCGAGGACAAAAGUCAUAG